AUAAAAAUAACCCCUGGCGGUAAGCUAGACAGCAUGUACAUAACAUGUACUUAUUGACUAACAUUCAGCUGUCAUAAACCACUAAAGGAAAAGGACAGUUAACCAGAAACAUAUUUAUUUCAACAACUAUCUCUAAUAGUAUAGUUGUUGUAUUUUUGUCAAAUUAAGAAAAGUUACAUUUCUAUAAAUAAAGUUUAGAAACCACUAGGAUGUUGCUCCAAGGUUGUUUAAGUUAUUAAUGGAUAAGGAUGAAAGUAGCCAUGUUUAUCAUGUAUAAUCCGACAUAAAUCGUGCAUAGGACAACAUGGUGCAAUCGUUUGUGUAUUUUGUGGUGUUAUGGAUGUCAAUGUCUGGUGUUAAUGCAUUGGAAGGCCAACUGACAAACAGUUUCAUUAUUGUUAAACGGGACAGGCGAAGUACUAACAGUGAUGAUAGAAGUGGCAUACUGGAGGCCAAAACUAUAACAGCUGGUAAGGUGUCAGCAGGAAUCGUGAGGGCUAAAAACAUUAUGGCAGAUGGCAUAAGGGCGGAUACAAUAAGAACUAAAUAUUUGAGAGUAACACGACAACGGAACCGAAAACAACCUCGAGAUGGCUCGCCUAGAAGAGCAGAAUUUAAUAAAGAUAAAACUACACCAUUAAAUGAAAAUGGGCUUAAUUGGCAAGAAAAAAGUAAAAAAUCUACAAAGUCGUCUGCAAAUAAUCGACCAAAAUCGGAACAAGCGAUUGACAAACGGAGACCUCGUACAAAGAAAAGACCGAGGAGUCAAUCAGUGCCGUCUGAAAAGGAUUUAUCGAGAGAAGGAAUUCGUACUGUACAGCCAAAGGAAAUUGAACCGUUAGUAAAAGCAGCGGAAACAAUACAUAUGGAUAUCCCCCCUACACCGACACGACCCCCGGGGAUAAACGAAAAGUCUGGAUUACUAAAAGCAAAAGAGAUUAAUUCAAGAAAUAUUCAAUCAAGUUUUGUCAAAGCUAAGAAUAUAGAAGCUGAUAAAAUACGUGCAUCAAAAGUUCACAGUGAUAGUGUUUUUGUGAGGAGAAAAGGGGGUCGCUCUGAGAGGAGGAAGCCAGUCAGGUCUGAAUUCAAUGUUGGAUCUGAUAUACCUGAUAAAAACAAGAAACAUGAUAUAGUUAAACCAGCAACUGCUGAAAAAGUUCGUAUUAAACCUUCACAAAUACUUCCGAACGGGAAUGAGCAGAAAAGACCAUCUCAGUUAAAUGAAAUAAAUGCAAAGAUCUUCCCAACAACCCCACCAGAGUUUAGUCCCCACACUAAUCGGCUUCACCCAUUUGUAUCACAUUCGACACAUGUACGAGAUCAGACAUUUCCACGUCUGAAGCAAUCUUUGCAGGGAAGGAAUGACGAAGAAAAGGAAAACGAUAUAAAUUCACAUAGAAUGAAUUCAAAAUUAGAUUUCCUUCACUUUCUUGGUUUAUCCGAUGAUUACUCUAGAAAUUUACACACUGAGAAACAGACAAACCGGAGACAUCCCAGUUCAACUGGGGUUAAAAGUAAACAGGAUGCCAACAGAUUCAUAAAAAAUCGAUCCUUCAUGAAUACUUUUUUGAACUGAUAUUGUUGUUUUAAAAAGUAUUCAUUAUUUUAUGAGUAAUCUGCUUCAUAUUAUGG